UUGUUACAGGAUUUUUAUUUUCUUAUAUGGCAAAUUUCCAUUCCUCUUUUUCAGUCUUGUGAUUAUAUUACUCUUGUAAAAUGUUUCAUAAAUAUUCUUGACGAAUGGGCUUGGACACUGUAUGAAUUGAAGGAUAACGUUGUGACAAUUAAUGAAGGACAAUGUGAACAUCUUCGACAGCUCGAUCAGUGCAUAAACUUAAAAGAUUUAAAAAUUCGAGGUGCGAAGUUGUCGGUUGUUUUCGAGGAUUCUGGGCCGAAUAAACAUGAAUGUGACCAUAAUGAAAUUAUCGCCGCAUCGAAUACGGUCAGUGAUCUACUGACACAUCGUAAGAAUUCAGGAAGCUUUUUGAAAAGUUAUUAUCUUCUAACAUAUGCUUGUUCACAGGAGGGUCAAAAUCUUCUGAAAGAACAUCGUGAAUGUCUCGCAGAAGAGCGUAUUGGCGAAAUGACUUUAAGCGCUGGUACCUACCUUUCUGAAAAAUUCCUCGAGCAUCCUGAUGAUCAGGUGUGCGAUGAAGUGAACGGCAAAUUACAAGAAUAUAUAAGUGCAAUGAAAGGGAUCUGUCAUUCGGAAAGUGCGCAAAUGAUUAUGUGCAAAAGUCUAACAAAUAUGUUCAAGGGUCUUCACGCCGAUAAAUUGCAUAAUUGCCAUUUCGAAUGCAAUAUCGCUCAAAGGGACGAUGAUAUGGAAGAUGAAGAAGACGAUGAAUCUGAGGAAGGUGAAAUUCACGAACAAACUAAGAACGUUGUUCCAGAAAGUGGAUCGUUAAAUAAGGCUUCAAUUUUAAGGCAUUUCGAUUAUUCGAGCCUAACCAGUUUUAUGACCCUAAUAUUCGCCUUGCUAUUACUUUUUUAA